AUGUUCAGCUCUGCUGUAUCUAUUGUUUCAACCUUGGCAGUUCUUUGUCUUUUCGUCUUGGGAGCUGUAGCACAGAAGCCUACAUGUAAAAAGCUGUCGAGUUGUUCCUGCAGAGAUGACACAGGAUUAGUAAUAGAUCUAACACCCCUAGCAAACACGGAUACGACACCAAGAUUCCAAGAUGUCCCAGACUCGAAGGGGAAGACAGAUGUCUAUUCCUGGAAUCCGUGUGAGCAGUUUACAGAAGGCACCUGUGUGAAUGAAGCAGCUUGUAAAGUGAGCCCGUCCGGAAUGAUAACUCAGUACUUGGGCAUUGGUACACAGGAUUCAGCCACAUUUUCAUACGAUGACAAUGGAUUGCUCACCCUACAGUACACUGAUAGCAAUGUAACCACUGCAGUUAACAUUAUCUGCUCGGAGGAUGACGAAGGGUCAGUGACAGCCUAUGGGCUUGAUGAGGAGGGUGGACAAAAAGAAUACCAUUUUGAAUUGAAAACUCAAUAUGCCUGCCCUCCGAAAAUUUCUGGAAAUCAUUUAUCAAUCGGGACAUUCAUUUGUAUAGGAUUUGGAGCACUCCUUCUUGUGUAUUCAGUCGCAGGAGUUUUAUUUCAAAGUUUUGUGAGGAAAGAGACUGGAAAGCAUAGAAUUCCCAACUUAGUCUUAUGGUUGGCAAUUCCGGCAUUAAUCAGGGACGGCGUGAUGUUUGUCGUGACGAGAGGGAAAAGAAAGGUGGCGUAUGACAAGAUAUAG